AUGCUGCUUGGAAGGUACCUCCCUUGGGGGAUCCCGUGCCGGGCACUGCCGUGGGGAAGCUCGCAGCUUCACCAUCCCGGGUGGAGGCACCUCUACGCCCGCGCCUUCAUCUGUAACACCACCAACAUCUCCAGCGAGGAGAUGCCCCACAAGGACAAGAAGGACCCGGGGGGUCUCACCCAUUCCGGCCUCUGGAGGAUAUGCUGCUUGGAAGGCCUAAAGAGGGGCGUGUGCGUGAAAAUUAACCAUUUCCCCGAGGACACGGAUUACGAUCACGACAGUGCGGAGUACCUCCUGCGUGUGGUCCGCGCCUCCAGCAUUUUCCCCAUCCUUAGCGCCAUCCUGCUGCUGCUGGGGGGUUUUUGUGUGGCCGCCAGCCGGGUCUACAAGUCCAAGCGCAACAUCAUCCUGGGGGCUGGGAUCCUAUUCGUCGCUGCGGAGCUGAACAUCACGGCCGCCGUGGUCUCCACUCUGAGCAUCACCCUGAUGGUGCUGGGGUCCCUGUGCAUCACCAUGGCGCUCAGCAAAGGGGUGGAGUUCCUGCUCAAACCCGCCUCCUGCUUCUUCCUGGCCUCUG